UCGCAAUUUCAAAACAAACAAAAUCACCCAAAUACUUGCAGUUGUAGUUCGCGAGAGUAUGGAUUUCCGAUCGUCCCGCAGCACCGACCCUGAGGUGGAUCUGCUGUUCCGUGAGCAAAUUGUCCGCGAAGCAAGCGUGCAGUUCGAGAAAAAGUUCCAGUUUGAAACGGCGCCGGCAGGCACACCACUUCCACCGCUAGAAACACUCUACCGCAGUCCGCCGUACACUGUACCAGCGCUACAGGAGCAGAAACGCCAUCUCAAUGAGGUGAAGAAUCGGCUAAACGAUUUCGAAAUAAGCGACUGGCAUCAGCACACCCGCAAACGAUCGUCUCUACUGCCGAUACUGAACGAACUGCGCUACCGAAUCCGGGCUGAGUUUGUAACGCAAGCCUUUGCCAAACUGUACGAGUGUGUGUCCGCGUACGAGCUCAUCAACACCGACCUGCGAGAGCUGGGCAGUGUGCAUCUGUGCGAGGCACCGGGUGCGUUUGUCACCGGCCUAAAUCACUACAUCCGGCUGAACUGUGCACCGCGCACGCAAUGGAACUGGUUCGCCUGCACGCUCAAUCCUUACUACGAAGGAAACUGUCCGGGGAACAUGAUCCCGGACGACCGGUUCAUACUGCACACACUCGACUCGUGGUGCUUCGGGGCAGACGGUACGGGCGAUAUAAUGGUGCGGGAAAAUCGCAACGCCAUCAUACGACGAAGGCAGCGCUUUCCAACGGUACAUCUCGUCACAGCGGAUGGAUCGAUCGAUUGUCUUAACGUACCGGAAGAGCAGGAAGAACGUGUCGCUAAGCUACACCUAGCGGAAACCGUACUGGCCCUUAGCUUGCUUAGCGCCGGUCAACACUUUGUGCUGAAAAUGUUCACCCUGUUCGAACAUUCGAGCGUGAGUUUGCUGUACCUGUUAAACCUUUGCUUCGGUGAGCUGCACGUCUUCAAACCCUGCACCUCCAAACCGGGCAAUUCGGAAGUUUACAUCGUGGCCAAGUACUAUCGACAGCCGGACGGAAUCGAUCAGUAUCUGGAGCUAAUUUACACCCACCUCCAGACCGAUGAGAACGCACUGUUUGAACAAUCGACGAUACCGGACAGCUUUCUGGAACAGCUGCACAGCUGCACCGCUCACUUUGUCCGAUGGCAGACGGACGUAAUCGAAAGCAAUAUCCGGUACUACCGCGCGAGCGAUCCGCUCGAAGACCAAAGACUGACCAUAUUUAAGCAAACCAUCAUGGAGAUGUUUUUCGACCGCUAUCGCAUCACGCCCAUACGCAACGGCGAGCGUAUCGUGCACGGGGUGAAGGUAUCGGAAGGUCCCAACAUCAACCAGAAAGAAUCGCGUGGCACGUUUAACGAGCGCGUCCAGCUAGCGGCCACCACCGAUGCGAACCGGAAGGAAAGAUUACGCUCGCUCCGUGAACGGUUAGAUUAUCUCACCCUAACACGGCAACUGUUUCAACCCGAAGCAAUGCUUAACGAUACCCCAUUGAGAGGUGGUCCCGAGAAUGGGUUUCAUCACGUACAGCACGAACUAGCGUUCGCCAUCGGGAAACCAAUCGAACGGGUAAAAAGCUCCAAAUUUGCACUCAUUACCUGUGUGCGGUUAUUAAACGAUACGAUCGAUCUGUAUCGAACGGUGUGUAGCAGCAAUGAUGGACCGUUACCUUGUGCCUCAAACGAUCCUAUAACCGUUACCGGAAACACCAUCUCGAUCGCUGUCACCGGGUACGCUUCGAUCACGAAUAUCGCUCACCACGAGAAGGAACUCUUCCGUACGAUCGUUCGAACGCUGUUUCAACUCAUACAGCAAGAUUGCAUCACCUCACCGUUGGAACAUUCGCCGGCGACAGGAAACGAUCCACUCGAGUUAAUCGUGGAAAAUUGGCUUCCCCUAACGCAGGUAAGCGUCGGUUUGCUAUACCUGCUGAAGCUGUACGUAUUUAAGGAUGUGGAAGCACUUUCGCCCACACGUAUCGCGUUUCGAGAUUUACGCAACAGUGGAGUUACGAAUCUGGUCGGCAUACAUGAUGCGGUGCUUAAGGCGUACACGAAAGCGUCCAAUGCCCGUCCCGGUGCCGCUAAAUCGGUUCUAGCGAUCGUUCCCAUCACAUCACUGCUGGACGGUGGUUUUCAUUACGCGAUGCUCAACUACAACAAUGCGCUGUGCUUAAUCUUCUGCGCCCGGCUGUUGGAAGAGAUAAAGAGAAGCGUUGUUUGAAAAGUUUUUUUUUUUUCAAAAAAAAAAUAUUAAAAAGUAGUAGAAAAUCUUCCGUUUGAUAAUACUUCAAAGUUAAACAACUAACUUAAAUUAAUAGCACGAAGUCUCUUAAAGAUUUCUAGAACAUUUACCUACCCACUGUGUCACACUAAAUCACUAUGUUAGAUGCACCCUCAAAACUAUGAUUUGUGAUAAGUAUUGCUUUUGUCUAGCUAUUAGGAUCAUUAAACAUUUACUAAUCGAUAGGUUUUAACGAAAAUGUAUCACUUGCAAAUAAAACCAAUUUUGGAAAGUUAUUACACACUGCUAAAAACUUUCGUAAGUAA